GCUCUUCGCCACCGCGCCAACAUGGCAAGCCUUGAUGCGCCGCGUUCAAUCCCCUCUUGGGCUGCUCAAGGGGAUUCAGAACACUACGAAGAGGCUCUCAAGGCGCUAGAAACGUACAAGAAGAAAGACCCUGCCAAAGUGGUCGUACGGUUCAAGGCCGUCGGCAACGCGCCAAUAAUGAAGCAGAACUUCUACAAAAUAACGUCUUCCAACCGCUUCCAGGCGGUCAUUCAGUUCCUGCGGAAAGAACUCGGGUGGAAAGCUGGCGACCCUUUGUUCACUUACAUCAACCUCGCCUUCUCGCCCGCCCCGGACGACACAGUCUCAAACCUGUUCAAGUCCUUCGCCACCGACGGACACCUUAUCGUCAACUACAGCACGACGGCAGCGUGGGGCUGAUGCCUGUAUAGGAAACCUAGAUUGCAGCGCGAGAGGGAGGCUUCUGCUGACUACCAUACUGAAUCCGCCCGCGAAUGGCGCGUUAUUGUCGAGGCACGAUACUCACACCUGCUAGUGUUCUUCCCUGUACGUGUUACCCUACAUGGUUCUGCUUUCAUCUCCCGUAUAGGGCGUGAACGUUUGCUCUAUUUGUGACGAUCGGUUCUAUGGCCG